AUGAUUGGGAUUUACGGUAAGCCGAUCCUGUUCAUGAUGAUCAAGUUGUCUAUUGUGCUCUGUAUUGGGAUUAGCGAGGUCCCCGACAGGGUUUAUGGCCUCGCGUUGUGCCGAGGGGACGCCGGUGCCAACAAGUGCCAGGAGUGCCACGCGGGCGUUGCCCGGGACGCCGCAGAGAGAUGUCCGGGAAACAAGGGGGCCACCAUCUUCUACGAAUUCUGCCACCUUCGUUACUCCGACCAGGACUUCUUCGGUUCGUCUACAGGAACAGAAUAUUACAUGAGUAACGCCGAAAACGCCUCGGACGCGCCCACCUUCGAGCGCCUCCUGGGGGAUCCCCUGGACAACCUGACCAUACGUGCCGUCUCGUCGGAGAGGAGAUUCGCUACCGGAAGGGUGGACUUUUCCAACCUUCAGAAGAUAUACGCGCUUGUCCAGUGUACCAGAGAUUUAGCGCCGGAGAUCUGCGACGUUUGUCUGAGAGGCGAGAUCGGCUAUACCCCCGAGUUCUGUAAGUCAAAAAAGGGGGCAAGAGUGACGGGCGGGAGUUGCUACCUCCAGUACGAGGUGGAUCCCUUCUUUAAUAUCUCCGCUGCCACCGACCCGUUGCCGCCUCCUCCCCCUCCGGUACUGCGUCAUACGUCUCCGCCGCCCGCCGGGACCCCCGCUGCAGGAGGUAAAGGCUAAGUUUGUUGUAUGUUGCUCGCUCUGUUGACGGUUUCUUCAUCUAGGACUUUGAAAGAAUCUUGCGGAGAAGGUCUCACUUCGACAUGAGUUCGGCGGGGGCAACGAGCUACGCGAGAGAGUGAAGGUCUGGGUUGGGGGAGGGGGAGAUACGUCGCAUAGACACAGGUUUCUUCUUCCUUUUAAACUAGCUGCUGCUUGGGACGGGCUGGUGGUGGGCAAUGCUUAGAACUAUGCUUUUUUCGGAAAAACAAAAUUUAGUGAUGAAUUUUGUUCUUUUUCCGUUAUGGAGUGAAGGAAAUUCGCCAGCAUUCAUUGAGAUGGUUCUCGGGGUCAUCGCACUCAUUCUGACGGGCUCUGUUCGACCUAUUUCUUCACAUCCGCAUGAUAAUUUCUGUUCUGACGGGCUCAGAACAGCUUCUUUUCGCAGUGAAAUGAAACAAUAUAUAAACGUAAACACAUGAGUGAAGUGAAUCAUAAACCUUCCCUUCAAUUUUCUGCAGAUACAAAGAAUAGUUCGAUACUAAUUGUGGCAAUUACAGUUGUGCUCACUGUCUCCCUCGCAUCUAUGGCUACCAUAUGGAUUUGCAUACGGAGAAAAAGACGAACAAAAAUAAUUGGUAAUUUUCCAACCAUUUAUGCCAUAAUUUUAUCUGAGAAUUAAUCUAACAGCAAAUCGGUUUUUUUAAUUUAAUUAAUUUAUUUAAAUUUUGAAAUAUUUAUUCCUCUCAUUUUGACUUAUGCUGAGUUUUUAUGAGCGUUAUGAUCUGCAUAUAGAAGAUGUACGGAUGGCGUCAAUCCAUCUAUUUCCUUACAAUUUGGUUUAGAAACUUUAAAGCUUGCUACAAUGAACUUUUCUGAUCAAAACAAGCUUGGUGAAGGAGGGUUUGGUGUUGUCUACAAGGUAAACUAUUUGAUUAACAAUGAGUAUUAUUGUCAAGUUAUUGAAAAUUAACCUUAUGAGACUGCUGAUACGUUCUAAUGUAGUUAUACUUUUGUUUCUCCUUAGAUUAUCGUUGGAAUUAAAACUAAUUUAGGAGAUUUAUUACCUAAGCAAAGACGAUGUCCUCUGCGAAUUUUCAGUAAUCUUGGGUCUCUCCAUUACACAUUAAUUACUAUUCAUAUCAUUUUUGCAGGGUGUGUUGGCAGAUCGGCAACUAAUAGCAGUGAAGAGAGUUGUAACAAGCUCUGGCCAAGGAAUAGGAGAACUUAUGAAUGAGGUUGCCUUAGUGGCCAAACUCCAACAUCGUAAUUUGGUAAGAUUGAUGGGUUAUUGCUUGCAAGCGCAAGAGAAGCUACUAGUAUACGAAUAUUUGCCAAAUAAAAACCUUGACAGACUUUUAUUUGGUAUGCUACCAACUCGUGAUGCUUUCUAUUCUUCCAAAUAUCAUCUCAUCAGUUUGAUUUAUCGUUAGCUACUCACUGUUUAUUUGAUUGAUUUUUGGUAAUCUUAAUUCAAAUGUAGCCUUUCGAUGUAGAAAAUAUGGAUCUGAUCAGGUUGUGUCUGCAUGGUAGAUCAAUUUAAAUCCAAAGAACUAACCUGGGGAGAUGAGGGUGAAAAUCAUCGAAGGAAUUGCCAGAGGACUUCUUUAUCUUCACGAAGAUUCUCGACCGAAGAUUGUCCAUAGAGAUCUUAAAGCUAGCAACAUACUGUUGGAUGAAGGGGUGAAGCCGAAGAUUGCUGAUUUCGGCCUUGCAAGGCUAUUUGGAAAUGAACAAAGUUAUGGAAACACAGACCGAAUCGCCGGAACACAGUAAAUCUACACAACCAGUUUAUGAGCAACUUUCCUGUUAUUUAAUGUUUUUUUGUACAAGUUAAAUGGUUUCAUAUUUUUACAUCUUCAUAUAUGCAACUGUCAGUCGACUGAACCCAAGCAGACUUCAUCCAUGAUUAGAAGAGAUAAGUCUAGAAAAUUAAUUUGAGUUGGAGUGUACACUAGAUUUGUUUGAUAUCAGAGGGAGCUUUCCUUGGUUGUGGUAGUCAUGAAUCAGAAGCAAGAGAAAGGAAUCUAGAAAGUGCGGUGAAGAGGUGUAGCAUUAUGUGACCACAAUGGCAUCUUCUAUAUGUUGUCAUCCAAGGCUCUAUCAUGCAAUUCGUACCCAUUGAUAGUACCUUCACGGAUGUAAAUUUAGACCAAGUAUGCAAACUCGUAUUAACUUUGUCAAGGAUCAUGAUCAAUGUGCAUUGGAUAACUUUCCAUCAUCAGAAAUGCUAACACAUAUUCAUUUACGGGUGAAAGUGGCUACAUGGCACCGGAGUAUGUGAUGCAAGGGCAGAUCUCUACAAAAUCAGAUGUGUACAGCUUCGGCGUCCUACUUCUGGAAAUAGUGACAGGCAAAAGAUGUGCCGGCUACUAUGGCUCUGAUCCUCCAACCGACUUUAUAAGCUAUGUAAGAGUCAUCAUAACCUUUCAAACUACGUUCUGUGUAUCUACUUUGACGCCCUUCUGUGAUGAGCUUCUCGAUAAUUUUACUAUAUCCGGCAUAUUUAUAUAGAUUUGGCGGCAUUGGGAGGAAGGGAACCCAAUACAAUUGCUCGACAGAGGCAUAUAUGAGGGUUGUUCAGCGGAAGAAGUGUUGAGGCGCAUCCACAUCGGACUACUGUGCGUCCAACGUGACCCACUGGAGCGCCCGAGUAUGUCCUUGGUGGUCGUGAUGCUCAGCAGUCAUUCAACAUCUCUCCUGACCAUAUCCCCCUUUCAAUGCUCCACGAGUACCAGUGAAGACCCAGGAGUGACCAGCAGGCCAACAGGCAUACCCUCCAGGCCCUUGCCCUUGAUAAAUGACGCAUCGGCGAUCAAUUCAGACAUCACAACAUUGGAACCUCGUUAG